AUGGUUGGAAAUAAUGGUAUUAUACCGACCAAUAACAGGCUUUCCUGCGCUGAAGAAUUAGCGAUUGCAUGUUCAAGUUAUUCCUGUUUAAAAUGUUACUUUGAUCCGCUCAAUCUUUGCCACACUUUCUAUCCUAAUCUCACCCUAUAUUAUUCCUCAUGUCAAGUUACCCUGUGGUCCAGUGCGAAGUUCAAGGGGUCGCUUGAACUCUGCCUGUGUUAUCCCUCGUGUCCAGUUACCCUUGUGCUCCAAGUUUUAGCUCCGUCGGGCCACAGGGGAUGGAUGCAUACGGAACUAACACUGGGACAGGCAGCGAGCUUUAUUUACAAGAUCCCAGAUAAAUACAUCGAGAUGUUCUUUCUUCCAGAAUUGUGUUGUGUUCCUGACAUCUGGACGGCCGAGGGCGGAGUCGUUCGAGGCCCGACGCUCGUCAAGCAGGAGCGACCGACGCCCACGCCCACACCCGCCGGCACGCCCACCACCACGCCCUCGACGACGCCCGCGCCCAUGCUGGCUCACCCUGCGCUCCCUUCCAUCCUUGCGCCCAUACAGCAAGUGCCGCUCGAUCUGCAAAUCGACUCGUGCGAGAACACGGACCCAGACCCCAACGUGACGCUGGACUACGUGCUCAACAGCAACGGCACAGCGACCUGCAAGCUGUGCGGCGAACUGCUCCCGUCGCGUAACCACUGGUAUCGCCACAAGUACAAGACGCACGCGACGGCGCUCUACCGUUGCGAUGACUGCGGCGUCGUCUACAAGAGCAAGAAAGGUUACGAGACACAUAUGGAGGUCAAGCAUGCCAAGGUGAAGAGCGUGGGCGGCGAGCGGCCCCGGAAACGCGACUGGGAGGGCGUGAACCGCGCCAUGGAGGAGGCGAAGCGGCAGCAGGAGGAGGCGAUGGUGAGCGCAAUCAUCGCCCGGGUGAAGCUGGAGUGCGCUAUGGAGGGCGAGGACUGCUCCAGACGGGGCUACCAGAAGCACUGAGGAGCCGCCGCCGCCGCCGCCGCCGUCGCCGCCGCCGCCGUCGCCGCUCGAGCCCCGGAGCUCCUGAACAAGUGAUAUAUGUAGCUACGUCGACAAAUCAGGAUGUGUGUGUGUGUGCGUUCGAGUACAAGUGAGCGUGACUGCGCGCGUGGAUGCAGUCGUGGAUGCAGAGACGAGAAUUACAAUAAGAAAGUGAUGUUAAAUCGUAAGAAAAGUAUACUAAGACCACAGUGGAAAAAAAGCUGUUCAGAUGGAAAUGAACAAGACGAGUGAUAGUGAAAUUUCCUUUGAGGAAAAAAAACGAACAAAAUGGCGAUUGAAAAGCAAAAGCAAUUGCCGGAGGCGAAAACGACGAAAAGACGCAGCCAACGGCAGUGUAAGUUGUUCUGACGUACAACGGACGACGAAACGCACAACGUCUCUAAAGGAUCGCCGGGCGGGGGGGAGGCAGCGCCAGGCGGGGCAGGCAGCUCGCUCCUGCGGGAGGCCUCGGGCUAACGAGCCAGUGGCACCCUCGGCGGCACCCUCUGCUGGCCUCUGCUGGCACUGUCUGGAGGCGCUAUCCUUGGCGGGUCCGAACCCUAGCACGAAACGUGACCAGAACACAACGAAGUCCGCGGGAGCAGCAGGGAGGACUAAAAGCCGACACUUGGAUACACACACGCUCUCU